AUGAAGAUGUUGGUGCUCCUGGUGACGGUGUCCUCGGUGGUUUUCAGCCCCAGCUUUGCCCUCAGCUCCCAUUUCAGCUCAGUCAUCGGGAUGCGCUUCGGCUCGCUGCCUUGGGAGGCUAAAAAUGGCUACCACCUCCGAGUAGCUGAGAGCUACACGGUUCUGAAGCUGCCUGCAUCAAGUAGUAAAAAAGAGAGAAAAGAUGCAGCAGUUCACGAAAACUAUGGCGCUCCGCUGAGUGAGCUGUCCUGGUCGUCGUCCCUGGCUGUGGUGGCCAUCUCCCUCUCGGGCCUCUUCACCUUCGUCUUCCUCAUGCUGACCUGCCUCUGCUGCAAGAAAAGCAAAACCGGCUUCAAGGAGUUCAGGAAUGUGGACGGGGAGGAGUACCAUGCAGAUAUGUCCACCUUGGCCUCGCCGGCCUCCCAGGGCAGCCCGGACGUCUACAUCCUGCCGCUCACCGAGCUGUCCCUGCCGGUCGCAAAGCAACCUGCUCGAUCAGUCCAACUCCUGAAAUCCACGGAUCUCAGCCGCCACAGUCUGCUCUACCUGAAAGAGAUCGGGAAUGGCUGGUUUGGGAAGGUUCUGCUCGGGGAGGUGAACACAGGCCUGAACACCACCCAGGUGGUGGUCAAGGAGCUCAAAGCCAGCAGCAGCGUGCAGGACCAGAUGCACUUCCUUGAGGAAGCGCAGCCUUUCCGGGCCCUCCAGCAUCCCGCUCUGCUGCACUGUUUGGCCCAAUGCACCGAGAUCACUCCCUACCUGCUGGUGAUGGAAUUCUGUCCACUGGGGGAUGUGAAGGGUUACCUCCGAAGCUGCAGGUCCUCAGAAACCAUGACCCCAGAGCCUCUGAUUCUUCAACGGAUGGCCUGUGACAUCGCCUCGGGACUCUUGCACAUGCACAAACACAACUUCACGCACAGUGAUCUGGCUUUGAGGAACUGCUUGUUGACUGCUGAUGUCUCAGUGAAGAUUGGAGAUUAUGGCCUGGCCCAGAGCAAAUACAAGGAUGAUUACUACAUGACAUCAGAUCAGAUGUGCGUGCCGCUGCGCUGGAUCGCUCCAGAGCUGGUGGAUGAGGUGCACGGAAACCUGCUGGUGGCUGACCAGACCCAACACAGCAACAUGUGGUCUCUGGGCGUGACGAUCUGGGAGCUGUUUGAGAUGGGUAACCAGCCCUACAGACACUACUCUGACAGACAAGUACUGACCUACGCUGUGAAGGAGCAGCAGCUGCGACUGCACAAACCGCUGCUCAAUGUGCCGCUGGCUGAGAGAUGGUAUGAGGUGAUGCAGUUCUGCUGGCUCCAGCCAGAUCAGAGACCCAAUGCAGAGGAGGUCCACCUGCUGCUCAGCUACCUGUGUGCCAAGGGGGCCAGCGAGGCCGAAGAGGACUUUGAGAGGCGAUGGAACUCCCUGCGUCCCAACACUGUAUUCAACAGCCACCGUGGUGCCUCGGCAGUGUCACGAGACCACCCCUCAUCAACCUCCUCCUCUUUUCCCCUCCUUGAGCAAUUUUCAGCUGGUGAUGGCUACCACUCUGAGUCCGGGGAUGACAUUCUUACGGUCACAGAGACCAGCCACGGCCUGAACUUUGAGUACAAGUGGGAGCAAGCCAGAGCAGACCAGUCGUACAGAGCUCCGGACUCUUCUAGUACCCUGGGUCAGGUCAACCAUCAUCAUCAUCAUCAGGAAGCGUUUUACCCACCUGGGGGCAUCGUGGGAGGGUGCCCCAUGGAGAGUUUCAGCCACGGAGUUUCUCCUUCUUACUACCAAUCAAAACAUCUACAUGUUCCAGGCAUACUUCCUGUCCUCAGUGCCCACAGCCCCUCAGUAAGCAGUGAAUACUACAUCCGCAUCGAGGAACCAGUAGACUGUAACAUUGAUCUGGACUACACCAUGUGCUCCUAUAGCCCAGACUACCAAGGCAGCAGCGGGAGCUUUCUGACCGGGAGCGCCGACUCAGGCGAGUGCUUGGCCUGCCCGUCACAGACCAAGAACAUGGGUCCCUAUUGGUCAGCUGACAUCCAUAAGUCAGACAUGUACGACUCGAACGACUCAAGUCCUGCUAUCUCCCUGACAAUGGAGCCUCUUUUAGGGCAAGUGUUGGACGAUAGCCCUCUACGACCCUGGGAGUCAAGUCAUUAUGUGUCCUAUAAAGACAGAGACGGGGGUUACUACUAUGAGCACUCGCCCCGUUUGGGAAUAGAUCGCUAUCUGAUUGGACGUGGGUCCUCCAGAGAGCGUCAUCAGGAGAGCUGGGGGUCAAGGAGCCUUCGUCAGGCCUUGGGUGAGUUGGAGAACCCUCUGGGUAUAUCCCCCGCCGUGGGCAGUACACCACAACAGGCCUACAGAGACCCAUACCUGGACACAAGUCAGACCUCUAUCAUAGGGAAGAAUGUGACGGGGGGCUACUACGACAUGAUGGGCUCCCUGAGGAAGACUAUGCCCAGCCACACCAGGCAUAACAGCCACUCAGUCAGUAUUAACAUGGAGACGGAGGGGGCGCUCUUCAUCGGCCACAGAGACAGCGAUACAGAGGAGGAAGAAGAAGAGGACAUCUUUGUUGAGAGACACACCUGCAACACUUGGCCUUCAAAACACCGCCACAGCAGCGUGGGUCACCACAGACGCGCUAGCCACAGCUGCAGACAGGACGCUUACGUGGAUUUCCACUACACCAUGCCAAGUACAGACAUUGAAGACUCCUGGCCGGAGGAGCAUAGCCUGGCCUUCCACUCUCUUCCCAAACCCAUUGACUAUCUCGAGCCCCACCAGGUCAAAGACAACAGUGCCUGUAUAAGUCUGAGUAAACAUCAUGCAAUGGUGCCCUCAGACAACUGCAACGCCUACAUCUACCUGUGCCAUGAGGGCGAGACUCUGGUGCCGGCAUCUGGAGAUUGCUGCCACUCGCACUUUGUUGACCCGCUCACAGGCUUGCUAGUCAGAAACAACAGCCACAGUCACAGCUACAGUCACAGCAGCUACAUCAGCGAUAAGGCCAUUGAAACCCCAAGCAAUGAGGAGACGAUCAAUCUAUCACCAGCUCCAGGGGGUCCCAUUGUGGCCAAGCCUUCUUUGAUAAAGACCGAGGACAGUAGAGAACAGUAUGUUGACCUUACAAUGGAUGACGGGCUCUUCAAAGAGAAGAGGGAGGAUGUAAUCAAAGAAAAUCCAAUCAUGCAAAAGCCGGCAGAGCCUAAAAUAGAAGAGGUGACCCUGACAAUGACGGUAACCACUCCGCCUCCUGCAGACAACAUGCAUGUGAUGGUGGCCCUCACAGAUCCGCAGUCUGAGAUGAGUCACGCUGGCGACAGCGGCGUGGACCGAGGGGGCGACAGCAGCAGCCUCGCCGACAUCCUCGACUGCACUGACGACGACGACGACGACGAUAUCACAGACGACAUCACCGACGUCACCUCGGGCAUCUUUGCAGACGAGUCCAGCGAGCUGAACGCCUCUCCUGCCAUCAAAUCGCUGCAGAAGCAGGUAGGAACUCCUGAUUCCAUGGAUUCCAUGGAUCUGCCAUCUGCAGCUGGGUCUUGUGAAGGCUUCAGCCCCGCGUCCUCCCACCCCUCAAGCUCACCUAAAGCUAUGGACAGUGGCUACGACACAGAAAAUAACGAGAGCCCCGAGUUUGUACCCAAAGAGCCUCAUGAACCCCGUGAACAACCUCUGGAAAAUCCUACCCUUCAUACAAGCCUGGAGGAGGACAAGGAGCUGGAGGAGCAGGAAGUCGAGGGUGAAGUAGAAAGAGAGGUUGAACCAUCGUUGGGAGAAGAUUUAGCCUUAGGAACCUCACAGACCGACGAGCACAGUCUUCUACCACUGAGCGAUAAGACUCCAUACAGAGACUCCGCCUACUUUUCAGACUAUGAGAAUGAAAGGCAGUCUAGGGAUGAAGGGGAGGAAUUGCCACAGAGAGUGAGAGAUGAAGAAAUGGUUGAAAAGGAACAACGCAUGGGAGAAAGGAAGGGUGAGAAAAGGAAGAAUGAGGAGGAGGAGGAGCCAAAUGACACAAUAGUGAACAAAGACAUUAAACUUGACAUGAAACACAUAUCGACAGGAGGAACAGAAUCCUCAUCUCCCCUAGAGAUGGAUGCAUGUUUGACUGAAGAGUGUGACCAGGAUGAGGUACUGGGGCUACAUAUGGAGCCUUCUGACACCGCUUCAAUAGCAGAGGUGGGUCUGGAUGAAUGGCCUUCUCAGGAGGAGAGCUCGUCCCUAGGAGACUGGGCAGCAGAGGUGGUGGGGGCCAUGGAAGAAGCCCUCGGCGCCUUGAAUGGAGACUGUACCUCCAACGUCAAGGAGGAGGAGGAGGAGGAGGAGGAGGAAGCAGAAGACUCGGUUAAAGAUUUAGAAACACCAGAAGAGCCAGAGAUCAAGACGAUUCAAAGCAGACCUUCAGGGAUAUCCGGUGAAAUCCUGCACACUUUACCCAAAGAUGAGGUGGCCUUGCAGCACACGGCGAGCACCAGGCGGUUCUCUUCGUCCUCUCCUCCACCUCCAUCCACCCCUCCACCUCCGCUCCCUGCGACAGACGGCCGAGGGUCUCCAGCUUACGAGGAUGACGGCGACUCCGACGAUAGUGACGAGUCGGACGAGGAGCUGCGGAUCUACAGCGUUCAGGAGCAGAGCGGCGGGGAGGAGAGCGAGGACGAGUGCUUCCCGGUGCCCAUCGUGGUGAGUGACAGCAGCGAAAACCACAAACUACGAAGCCUCCUUAAGAUGCCGACCCUGCUCACAACAGAGAACCUGGAGGAGGAGCUCGCAUGCAAGAAGAAGACGGUGUCUUUUUUUGACGACGUCACCGUCUACCUGUUCGAUCAGGAAAGCCCAACUAAAGAGCUGGUGGAGCACGGCUUCCCUCUCGGAGCGGAGGGUCAGAGUUCACGGAGCAAAUCCCAGGAGAGGCUCAAUGCCUCAGAUGAUUCUUCAGAUGGGAACGUCUCUGAGGAGAGUGCAGGAUAUGAGUGGGAGGACGACUUCCCCCUUCUCCCUCUGCAAACCUCCUCUGUGGCGUCUGACUCUCCUCCCCCCCGAUCCGUCCCCAAAGCUCCGGACCCAAAACCAGCCGUACAGUUCUCCCGCUUCACGGUCUCCCCCUCCAACGUGUCCCGUUUCUCCAUCACUCACAUCUCCGACUCUGACAUGGACUCCGUGGGAGGAAGCAGCGAGGACGGGGACAAAGAAUAAGACGACAACUUGGCCUGCUAGCAUGACUUCUAAUUUAUUUUUUAACGUCAGGUUUUAGAAACACAAGACAGUGCCUCUUACCGCCCGUGGACACUUCUGAAAGGUCCGUCUUACUGACCUAAGCUGUUUAGAAUACUGAAAAGAGAAUGGUUAAUAUAUACAAUUUACAGAAUAUUAAUAUAUACUGUAUGUAUGAUGUAAAGAAUCUAUGAAAGCAGGGGAAACUUUGAAUUGUGCAUAUUUUUCAGAUCAAAGAGACACAAUGGAAGGACAGACCUUUUGGAAAGCAUCACAUAUUCCACCUCUUUCACUUCUUAAUUUAUGAUGGGAAGCUUUCAUGAGAGAGUUGAACCACCUGGACUAAUUGUAGGAGACUGCACAGCUCCACAGACUUUGUACUUUUUAGGAGACUGCUUUACUUGUCUUAAUAAAUAUCCACAAAAAUCCUUGAGGUAUCAAAAGUAAUAUAUUGUUAAUAUUUGGCUUCAUUCAGAGACAGACGUCAAGCAAGGUGGAAGCAAAGGGAAUUUCAAUGGGUCAUGUUUGGUUACAGAAUGUUUUUUUUUGGAAACAGCUGAUCGAACCUGGACAAUGUGAUAUUUUGUGACUCUUUUCUUUUGUAUCAGGACCACUACUGUACUGUUUUACAUAAAUAUGUGGCUCAUUCUCUCUACCAAAUUGAGUGCCAGCACCGCCAUCACAACCAAUCCCUCUUUGUUGUUAACAUCAGGCACAACAUUGUCACUAUAGCGGCAGGAAGUCCUUUCAGAUUUAAAUCUUAUUAAAGGUUUAACAGGUUUUUCAAAUGAAGCAAUGCAUGGUUUCCAGUAUCUAUAAAGCAGUAUUUAUAGGAAUGAAUUGCUUAAAGACAAAAAGGGGACAGUUUUUAGUUGUGUUUUUGGAGAAGAGACAGGCACACAUGGUCAGGGAAAUCCAUUUCCAUGUUUCCUCUUUCUGCCAGAAGUAACUGGCAGCAAGAGGAGACAUUCAUGAUUUGGACUGCGACAUAAAAACACUAGUUCUCUAAUAAUGACAUGGGCCAAUACGGAUGGGCAAUAUGAAUAAUAGUGGUAUACAUUAUUAUUUAAUAAUAUGUCUACUUUUGAGUUAAACACCUGGCUAUUCAAGGUCGUUACCUUAAUGCAAAUAUCAAGUAAAUCUAAUAUAACCUAAAUUAGUAUUACUUAUUCAUUUGCAACAAUAUUCACAAAGGCCUAAUACUACCAGAGAUAUCAAAGAGAUAGACACCCUGGUAUAAGCCAGUAUAUAUCAACAUGUUGCCCAACCUUAUAGGCCAAUGUUUUAAAAUAGAAACCUGUACAAAAGUAUUAAAACGGCUGUUAAAUUAUCUUUUUGCCUGCUCAUUAUUCUGAACAAUAAUGCUCAUGUAAAUCAGCACAUUAUACAUCCAGUAUUUGUCAGCUUCUGCUCAGCCGACCAUGUAAUGUUUGUAAAGAGAAAUGAGAACAGCUGCCUGACUUUACUGUAACUGUCACUCUGCUGUAUAUUGGCUUCACUGAGCUUGUUUGCAUCAGUUUUGUACAAUGAUUCUGGUAUUAAGCUGAACUUUUCUGGUAUGAAAGAAAUAAGUUUCUGUCAGACACGUUAUAAUUUGGGGUAAAACAAGAAGACAAAUCUGAGCAUCACAUUGAAACGGUACCAGAAUGAGAUUCAAUAGCAAUUGAAAGCUGAAAUAUUUAAAAAAAAAAAACGUGUUAAGUCACAUUGCUUCUAAGUGGGACGGAUCAAUUCAGUGUUGAAAGGCAAUCGAUGGGUGACGACAUGAUCAUGAACUGUUUCAACGCUUUGCUUUCUGUGUGUGUACAUUGAAAGUGAAAUGGAUCGGGUGGUUGAUGAGCUGCUGGUUGCCUCCUUUCAAAACGCCUCAUCGACAUUUAGGGUCUUCUAAGUUUUUGUUUGCCUUCCAAGGCUUUAAUAUUCUGUAAGAGUUUAGCAUAGAACCAUCUAGACAGCUGUCCGUAAUAUUUUUGUAUCUCGACAGGAAUACUUUUAAGAGUAUUGAUGUACUGUACCUGCAUAGGAGGGAGGGUUUAAUGUCUCAUGUUUUAUUGUUGCCAAAGAGAUGUUGUGUUGUGGUUCAGGGGCAACAGUUGGUGUUUUUUUUACCCCAAAAUGGAGACAGACAGGAGGAACAUUACAGGAGCUUUGGCCCAGUUAGUAGAAAAAACAUGAAGGUGAAGUUUUGGUCCCCCACCACUGACCUGGUCACAUCAUUACUUUCUGUACCUUCUAUCAAAUAUAAAUAAAGUCUGUU